CCCCGCGCUUCCUCUUCCGGGCGGGGUUGCCAUGGCGCUGCCCCCUCCCCCGCCAUUCCCUUCCCCUGCCGGUUGGUGUUUACAGCGGGCGGGAGCAUCCGCAGCCCCAGCGCCGGUGGAGACGGGGACUCAGCCCACGGGCGGCGCUGCGGGGGACGCGGCAUGAAGGGGCCCAGCUUAGAAACACCAAUGGUGGAAGACGAAGCUGAGACAACAAGUGAAGAACUGCCGCCUCAUCUGCAGGAAGAGCCUCCUGAAGAUGCCAGCAAGGACCAUCCACAGCAGCAGGCAGGGGUGAUCUGGAGAGUGACGGGUGGCCUGUUCAGCAUCACCCGAGGAGCCAUGGGGGCCACGUUGGGAGGAGUUGCCUGGGUGGGCAGCAAGAGCCUGGAGCUCACCAAAACAGCUGUGACCAGCGUCCCUGCUGCUGGCGUUGGACUGGUGAAGGGCAGUGUCUCAGCAGUGACCGGUGGCGUUGGAGCUGUGGGCAGCGUGGUUGCCAGCAAAGUCCCUUUCACCACAAAGAAGAAGGACAAGGCUGACUAAUCCCUAUUGCAGCUCCCUUCCAAAAGAUCAGCCUGCCCAUGCUCUCCCCCUCCAGUGCACCUCUUUGAGUUGGAACCAGCUGCUUCAGGGAGGGUCAAGUACCCAAACAGACUCUGGCUGCAGCCAGCUUAGCACCGCCUGCCUGGCUCAGAGCUCACAGAGCCACUGUCAAUGCCUUUGACUCUCUUCACCUACUGGGAACCAUCUCUAAUCCGAGGACUUUAAAGGCGUCGUUGUCUCUGUCUUGCAGUUUCCUUCCUCCCUUCUGCUCUUGUAAGCAUGAAAGGUGGGAGAAGGUGUCAGGCUCCAUCUGCCUGGAGGUGGGGCGAGUAACCGGGAAGGGGGAGGAAUUAUGCCUGGCCUGAAGUGUGGGUUGUGUAGUCCAAGUUAACUUCAGCUGGGAAGAUAGCCUCUGAAACAGCCCUUCCUUUGGCUGUUUCAUUUCUAAGUCCCAUUUACACAAAGGAGAGAUACUGUGAAGAAGGGGAAGCCUCCCUCCUGCCCUGCAUCUCUUACCUUUUCUUUGCAGGGCCCAUCCCACAAGCUGCUCCCAAUCACUUGCUUCUUGGCUUAAUUGCACCCUUCAGAGAAGGAAUCUUCAAGUUCAGCAGAGCAGCUCCAGGGAUGAUGCCACACAAGACUAUCAUGUAUCCUAGGCCAUCAACUCCUGCACAGAAUUUCUUAACAACGGGCAGGAGGAUGAAAGCUGCUGUAUGUUCUUACUCCAAGCUGCCAGUGGCAUCUGCCAGGCCUCUGUGAUAUUGUAGUACAGGUGGUGAUGCUCCACAGAGACAAACUGAGCCCUUGGGUUUGACCCUUGAGUCCUGGCACUAUCCCCAUCUGCAACAGGGACAUUUUGGUUCUAGGCCACACUUUCACUGCACAGACAUCACUAGUAACCAUGAGCAAGCGUGUCCCCAAAUGCCAUCUGAGUUCUGCUGCAUGAUGGGCAGGGAGGCUGACUCUGUGAUGCUAGGAGCAGCGGCCUGGCUGUGAGCGGGUUGUGCUGCAUUGGAGAACACUUCCCCGCAGGGUUGAGCAUGCUCCAGCAACAGCCAGCCGGCAUAGGGCACCAGCAACUCUUCCUCCACACACUGCUCCUGGUGCUCCGGCCUGGCUCCUCUAAAUGACCGCGUUGCACUAAAUUGCUCACCCACAGUUGUUGUGCCGCAGAUACUGAGGCAUCUGCGUUUAUUUGGGAGUCACAGCCAUCUUCAGCCUGGUCCAUGAUGCUCAAGGGGCCGUGUGGCAUCAUACACACACACACACACAUACACACAUUCUCACUCCCUCUCUUCAAGGUCCCCUGUAAUUCUUGGGAUGAGGAAAGCAACAGGUUCCACCAUGAACUUGCUCCUGGCUUUGGCGCAUGAUUAGCCUAGGUUUUUAGGUGUUGGAUGCAUAGGCAAGUGAAGCAGUGCUUGUGCUGUAUUUUAUAAAUAUGCAUCUGUUAGUGUGUGUGUAUGUAUCUGUCCACAGGAAUGUCUUCAGCCUGGUAAACAGAACUGUGCCACUGCCGUGGAGGAGUUUACGUAGUCAUCUUCAGCAUGUACAUUUUAUAUUGGGUCCUGGUCCAAGUAAAAAUCGUGGUUUAGAGGAUUUUUUUCCCCUCUGUUGCCCAAGAGCGUAGUUUAUUGAAACCAAAGGAAUGUUAAAAAAUCCCCUUUCUCCUGUCUAUGUGGUUUGUUUGCUUUCUGUCCUGUCUUUUGGACACUGACCCCAACUUCCUUGGUCUUCAUUUCCUGUGAGAAGUCAUUGUACUUCCUGGCUGCUCUGCUUAGGACUCAGACAUCAGGGAAUAUUUAAGUACAAUCCCCCUGACACUGUUUUUGCUCAAUGGUCUUGGACUUGUGAAACAGUUUUGAUUCUGACUUUUAUUAAAUCUGCACUUUGUCCGUGAUCUAAGUCACUGCGUCCCUGAUCUAAAUCACUGUGUCCCUAUUCUUGUCAUGCUGGUGUUAGUCUUUUUCCAUAUCCUUCUCUGGGUAGUCCCUGCUGUUUGCAGUGGCAAGAAGUUGCUGAUCUCUACAAUGUGUUCCUCUUGAUGGCACAAGAGUGGUUUAACCUACAUCUUUUUUUCUGAAGAGCAAACAGCAUUUGGUAUGUAUGUGCAUUUCCUCACUUUGUCUCUUUUGUUCUGGUGAAGGCCAAGUUGACCCAGAUGUGUCAAUUUUGUCUCUGAAGGCAACAGCUUCACAGGAAGAUGAGGCCUUGAUGUUGCCCACACUUCGCUGGGAUACUCAUGGCAGUUGGCAAGGCCGGAAGAAGUCUUGUCUGUUUGUUCUUCCUUUGUCUCAAAUGCCCUGCAAAGCAGAAGGGCAGUUUGCACUGUGUGGAUCUCUGCUCACUGCUCUCCCUGAGCACAUCUCAUUUCCUAUUCCAGAUCACAGACUGCUCCUGGAGGCAGCUUUAACCCCAAAGCUAAAAGCUGCUUGUGCAUAACUAGCUGUGCUGUCACCAGCCCUCUUAGAAAGAUAGUUUCUUACCAAUUGGGACAGAAGACAGUCUUCUUCCGAACUGCCUCUCUCAGGCCUUGGACGGGAGAAGAUGGUAUCUAAGGGGCUUUACUUCAUCGGCCACCCCUGGGCAGGAGAUGGGAAGCUCAUCAUGCUUUUGGCUAACCAGUAUCCCACACAGGCUCUUGCCGAGGGAAGCAACAUAUCCUUCCCAAGUUGUUUGCAGGCACUGUGUGUGCAGAGCAGACAUGGAAAGUGGGAUAAAGGUGUAUUAAGGAAGGCCAUAGGGGUCCUAAGAGUUUCCCGUAUUUUUCUUUCUGCUCUUCUGCGCGUCCUUGCAGUAAAUGGAGUAAGGUUCUCCAUUUGCCUGGAAUUGCCAUUUUCUUGCAGGACAACCUGGAGAAGAGGAGAAGAAAUAUGAGGGGAACUCGCAGCCUAAAUCACUGUUCGCACAGCCCAGCUAAUGGAGAACUCAUGCACUGUAAAUAGCAGACGAGAUCAGAUUAACAGGCAGGGAUAGAAGAUUAAAUAUACUCCAAAACCAGGGCCUUACACCACUUAAUGGGCAUUCAGGAAUACAUAACUAUGCAGGACUCAAAAGCCUGCGGAAAGUAUGUCUUUGUUAGCACGCUAGGCCUGCUCAAUUCAUCCAGGUGACUCAGCCCCAGGCUGCUUUUCAGGGCACUGCCGAUGCCACAGCAGAAGGAAAAUGGGGUUGAUGUUGUCAGUCUAAGAGCAAAGAUGCCCCCUGGUAGCCUUGGCUGCAGGAUGGUAGGAUCUGGAUUGGAUGGGGAAGCGGUUGGCCCCUGAUGGAUGCCCCAUCUUUCCUCCUUCACUGCUACAGAGACUCCAUACAGCUCAAAGUCCAUCUAGGCCACUGGUGCAACCCUUCUUCUACUGCCCCUUCAUGAUAAGAUGGGGAAAAAUACCUACAUUGUGUGUAAAUCCCAUUGCGACUCAAUGGGGGGGGGGGAUAUGUACAAAAUAGGAGGGACAGUACCAAGGUGGAGGGAAUGGUUAAGAGUUGAAGAGAGUUAGUGCAAGGAAUAUCACCAGUUUUCAGGUGACAGCAAGAAGAUGAGGAGGGACUAGUGAUAGGAGGAGGCAAGGAGUGAGGAGCAAGAAAAGGAGAAGUGCAGAGGGAAAUUGUUUCUUAGGACAGAUUCCAUAUCAGAGGAUGAACAAAAUGGAGUUUGUCCUAGUGAAGAACACGGAAAGGGAAGUGGAUGAAUGUGGGGUUUGGUGUGUGGUGGUGCUACAUGCCAGCCUGGUACCCUGCUUCCAUAGUGGUGAUAAUUGCUAGGGAGUUCCAUUUAGCUACACCUACUGUGCCCAACAGAUGAUCCCAGCCCUUCCUUCCUAGAUUUCUCCCAGGCUUUUGUCAUGAUCUCCCUGUGCUGGGGCUGGGUCUCCUAGUGAUGGGGAUGGGAUGUGGCUCUACAUGUUGCCCUGUGCCCCACUACAACUGCAUAUUCCCCACACCCAAGGAAUGAGGCCUGGCAGAGAGGAAAGCCCACAGGCACAUCCUCUUCUCUCUUUCCCUUUGCUCAUCUCUUUAGCCUUCACUUUCUUUUUUUUUCUUUUUUUUUCUUUUUUUUUUUUUUUUUGUCCCUCCUUUAGCUCUCUGUCUUGUUCCCGGAUAGAGCUCUCCAAAGCUGUCACAGAGACCUUCACGAAACAUCCGCACUCCUAUUGGCUGAGAGGGCAGAGAGGGUGACUGCCUCUGCAGCUCCCCUGGCUGGGAGAGAAGUGCAUGUCUUCCAUCCCUCUCUAUCCCCUUGUGUUUUGCCUGUGGAAAACCUUAACCUACUUCUUUUCCUCUGGGUUCCCAUGUUGGCUCUUGUCUCUGUGGGUGGGUCAUUUCCGUGUCUCCUUUGCAAAGUCAUCCGCGUAAAAUCAACAGGGUGAGUGGGAACAUGGAGAUGGCUGGAGAGGGACACAGAGCUGUUGGGACAAAUGCCAGGGCCCAACUCUGCUUCUCUAGGGGCUGAGGAGCCCUUUGGCAACCCAAAACUGUCACUGUGGCCACACAGCACAGUGCUGGGCUUGGGAGAACAUUUGUGUUCUUUAUCAUUUCAUUGUCUGUAAUUGGUUUCCUACUGAAUUUGUUUGCUUGGUUUGUUUUGCAGUGUGUUUCUGGGAAUAUUCUGCAUCUCUGUAUUUUAAUUACAGUAAAA